AUGUCUUCUUCAAGAACACAAGUCAAGCUUCCCACAGACGAAGAUCCAACACUCUCUGUGACGACAGUGGACACCAAAACUUCAACCAUCAUGGGAAAAGAUGAACCCAACACGGAAUAUAAAUAUCAAACAGAAAUGGAAAAGUUUACCAAAGCACACGAGAGAGGAGCAGGAGGCCCUACUGAGGCUGUCCCACAAAUUAGUAGAGAUCCGUUAACGGAUGAAUUAAUAUUAAAUCCACAUCUCUCUUCCUUAAACCCAAACGUUGAAGAAGCAAAAGAAAAAGAUAAAAAACAUGGAACUUUCAGAAGAUGA